AUGAAGCUGUUUACUGCUUUCUUGCUCUUAUGCACCAUCUCAACAGCGACUUGCACUGCAGAUGCAAGUCGUUUUACUGACAAAAAUGGGCAAUUCUGCACUGAAGAGUGUCCGUAUUUUAAGAACUUGGAUAAGAAGGAUUCCAGUGCGAAGAUCAGCUUGAAGAAAAUAUUGGAUAGGUGCCGAACGGAUCCGAAAGCACCCAAGAGGUCAUGUAAGAAAUAUAGCAAGAUGGUAGCAUCCAAAGAGCUUGUAAAGAUGAUGGAAUCACAUACAUGGAAAGACCUUUGCCACAUUAACUGCGACCAGUAA